AUUUUUUUAUCCCUCACAAAUUUUAAGUACUCUCUACUAUCUAUUACACGCCCUUCUCCCUCUCUCUCUCUCUCUCUCUCUCCUCAAUUUCCAUAUUCUCUCUCUACUCCCAAAUUUCCAUAACAGAAACUCUCUCUCUCUCAUAUUUUUCCGAGUUUAUAGGGAAUCCUAAAUAAAGCAAAAGAACCAGAAAAUCAUCAUAAAAAAAAAAAAAAAAAAAAACUCCCCCCAACAAAAAAAAAAUCUGAGCUUGGCCGUGUCAUUUUGUGCACGGCCACAGCGAAUCCCAGCUCCACCGUUCUUCAUCAUCACCGUCAUCUUCCUCGGUCUUCCAGGGAGGAAUUUGUGUUUCUGAUUCCUCUUUCUGGAAAAAUAAAGAUGAAUCUUGGGUGAUCCGAUUCCAACGCUGGAAUUCGAAAUUCAAUCGGAUUUUGAAAAAUAAAACAAAAUAAAAAGAUUUGAUCAGUAUUCUUUUUCAUCCUUGUGAAGAGUCAAAUUCUGAUUCCGAGAAAUUCCUGGUAUCUCAAUCCAAAUGCGAAGAAGGCCAACGGAGUGAAAAGAAAUCAUCUUUUCUUUUCAUCUUCCUUUUCCGAGAAACGGCGAAAGAUUUUCUCUCGAAUCAAACACCAUCAUCGUCAUGUCGAAGCAGCCGAUAAUUCUCCGCCACCCGUCGUCGAACCGCCGGCAACCGCUUCUACGUCCGCCGCCGUCGUCGUCCUACUCCAGCGGAGGAUCCUCCCGUCGGCUGGCGGAGGUCGCCGGCGGGACGGCGGCGGAGUGCGCCGCCGUGUGCUGCUGCUGCCCAUGCGGGCUCCUGAACCUGCUGGUGCUGGCCGUCUACAAGAUCCCCGCCGGACUUUGCCGCCGGGCGAUGAGGAAGAAGCGGCGUCGCAGGAAGGGCGUGCUUCCGCCGCCGUGUCGGAGACACGCUGGCGACGAGAGUGAGAUUGUGCAGGUUCAUCCGGUAUCUGUUCAAAACGACGUCGUUUCGGAUGCGAGUUGUAGUAGUAAUAAGGAGGUUGAGGCGUUGGAGAAGGAGAUGUGGGAGAGGUUUUACAGUACUGGGUUUUGGAGAAGCCCUUCUCAAAGAGAAAUUGAACAGCCUUCUUUGCCCACUAUUUCAUAAAAGGAAAAAGACCAAAAAAACCCCAAGUCUUGUCUUUUUAACUUGAACAUAGAUUUUCUUUCUUCAUCUUUCAACAAUUAUUAUUAAUUAUUAUUAUUAUUAUUAUUAUGGUGUGUUUGUGUUUUGAUUCUUUUUGAGCUCAUUAAUGUUUUGUCAUUAGAAUGGUGAUGAUGGGCAUUUGUGUGCUUGUGAGUGAAUUGAACUUUUUUGUUUGAGGAUGUUGGAAAAUGAAUGGCUUGAAUUGAUGAUCGUGUUGGUGAGAA